AUGGAUUCAGUUUCAGCUGCAAUGAGUAGGGAACCCAAGGAUCAAGGUGAGUUGUUGAAGCAUGCAAAAAUAGAAGAUGAGGAGGACCUUGAAUUUAGUUGGGGUCGUAAACGAUGUGUUGGCGGACCAGACGGCAGCGUGCAAUUCUAUGACUCGUUCACCUUUGAUGGCGUCGAAUACUUCCUUUUCGAUUGCGUUUAUCUGUGGUGUGACGAUCAUCCUGAGCCAUACAUAGGUAAGCUUGUCAAGAUAUGGGAGACAGCAAACCGCAAAAGAAAAGUGAAGGUCGUGUGGUUUUUUCGCCCUUCAGAGGUGCAACAUUGGUUAGGAGAUAUGAAGCCAUCUGAAAAUGAGCUUUUCUUAGCUUCUGGGGAGGGGAAAGGACUGUUCAAUCUGAAUCCACUGGAAACAAUAUGUGGGAAAUGUAAUGUUGUUUGUACCUCCAAAGAUCCUAGAAAUCCUCAACCAACAGCUGUGGAUUUGAGCAAGGCUGAUUACUUGUUUUACCGUACCUUUGAUGUUCAAAGCUGUAAAAUAUCCAACAAUUUUGCUAAUGAAAUUGCUGGAGUUGAAGUGAUUCAUUACUUCAAUUCAAGAAAGGUGCAAAAUUCAACUUCCGUGGCUGAAAACCGAAUUGCAAUGAAGGUGCCAAAUCGUAACAUAAGUGGACGGGUGAUUCCUCCUGAGAAAGAUGGGUCUUCUGCAAGAUGUAAAAGAAACUAUCCUAGCCUGUCAUCACGUGCUGGUGGGGCUGACAUUCAAGCUCCGAAGAAGAAGAAGCUUCAAGUUUCUUCAGAAAUUAGGAGAGCUAAACCUUUGAGCAAUGCUGGAAACAAGGAAAGUUUGGUGAACUCCAGAGAUACUGGGAGGAACAAUAGAAGUCCAGCCAAAGGAAUCACUGUCAAUGAGAAUGCAAGGAAUGGGACUUAUCAGCAUGGACAAAACAAGGUUGUGCAAAGUUUUAGACCAACAUUGGAUAUAAAGAGAAGGCAGAAUACGGAUUCAAGCAAAUGGUUCAAGCAACUACAAUCCUGGGAGGACAGGAUGCGUGAAGCUGAUGCGAAAGGCACUCUUGUAUUGUUGGAGAACCUGGACCCAUCUUAUACUUCGACAGAAUUGGAGGAAAUUUUGUUGCAUGCUUUCAAUCAACAAGUUGGUGCAAAGAUGAUUAAGCAUGCGCUCUUUAACAACUCAAAUCAUGGGAAAGCAUUUGUCAUAUUCAAAUCAAAAGAUGCUGCAGAUUCUUCUAUUUGUUCUUUGGAAAAGAGAAGUCUUAUGCUAGGUGAUCAAGGGCCUAUUGUUGGUCGAAGAAUACAACUCGGGGAUUGUGGCAAUCCACCAAAGUUCUUUGGCCAUCUAUAUAUUUUGAAGCUGCACAGAAUGCUGAAGCAGAAUGCAGACAAGAAAAAUGCAGUAUCAACUGCUCACUUCUGUCAGGGCAAUACUAUCGAACAUGACCUAGCCAUGGAAUGGUUUGCUCUACAAGAAAGGUCAGAGCUGCAGUGGAAAGCAUUGCAUGAGGCGCAAGCUAAAGAGAUGGAAGACCUUAAACGCCAGAACACGACAACGUGCAGAGUUGAGAGUGCACAUAAGGCACUAAAGAAUUGGAUUGACUCGCCAACAGAUGCUAUUGACACGAUUUGGGGAAAGGCGCACAAUGAGAUUGAGGUGCAACUAAUUGAAAUCAGGAGAACACUAGAAGAAUCGCGAAACAAGAAUGGAAUACCAUACCGUGGUUAUCCAUUUUACCACCUCAAUUCUGUUGUUUCGCACCAUUAUUUGCAAAAGCUGCACAAAAAGUAUGAAGAGAUGCAGAUAAAGGGAAACAACUUUGUAUGUGAUCAUAAGCUGAGAUCUACUCAUGAUAUUCCUUGUGGCUGUGAGAUGAAGAUCACAGUGGACGCGGGUCCGGCAAUUCAGGUUUCUGAUCUCAACCCGUUUUGGGCUAAUCUCAAUAUCGACGAGAGUCCCGUCAAUUCUAGGCUUGAUGGACUUUCAGAUGAUCAAGUCUUGUGGAAACAUUUGGUUGGCGUGGUCGAGAAUGGAGAUCCAUUGGUUAUGCGCAGGACGAAUGGUUGGCUCUAUGAUCAAAUUUACCCAGAUAGAGGGCCUUCGAAGCAACCGAAGAAGAAGAAGAAAGGCAAGGGGCGCCGGAAAGGAAGCAAGAACAAGCCACAUAAACAAGUCUAUAUUCAAUGGGAUUUUCGGCAGUCUGAUGGGCCUCCUCAAGAUGUGGUACAGCAAAACAUUUACGAAUAUGCUAACCUAGAGAGGAUUGCGCCUUGUAUGAUUCCCUACAUUAGUGGAUAUGUUGAUGUGCUGGGUGAUGGAAACUGUGGAUUCCGCGUUAUGGCGAGCCAUUUGUUUGGAUCCGAGCAUCAAUGGCAUAAUUCUAGAAGAAUUGGCGCAGAUGAGCUAGAGGAACGUCCAGAUUUGUACGAUUUCUUCUUCAAAAGGGACAUUCCCAAGCAUGUUCACCGCAUACGAUGGCGUGGAGUAAGAGGUCAGAAUAUGAAUAUAUCAUCGAGCACUAUAUUGCCCCUCAUCGCUCCCAGGGGCCCUAAUGGGCCUUUAACCGAACCUGUUCAGGAGAUUGUCAUUGCUCACCUAGGCGAUUACAAGCAUUACAUUCGGCUAGAUUUUCUGGGUUCAAAUUUUCCAGUUCCAUCCAUACCUUACCAAUGGUUCCGCCACCGUGACACUUCCAUUAUUGGUUGGGAGCAGCCAUAUCUCAAGAGAAUAGAGCUGUGGCACACUUUAUGUCCCGAUAAUGGACGAACACAAUCCUCUCAUUCUUCUCCCUUUAAUGUUGAUUAG